AUUCAUUGCAAUAUAUGAAAUUACAUAUGAUGUCAUUGCAUGACGAUAUGUCAUAGUUUUAAUUGAAACAACUAUUAAAGGGAAACAGUCGGCACUAAAUUUUUCUGCGUUAACAUGUAACAUUUUUGAUGCCCAAUACCUAUGCACUUACAAAUUACAAUGCCUCGUACAAUAUGAGUGUACAAUGUACAUACAAUAAUAUGUAGCUGCAAUACAUUGCGAAUAUCACGAGUCUUGUGCUAAGCUGUAUGCAUACAGCCAACAGGCAACAUGCCGUUAUGAUUUGCAAGCUGCCGCAGCAGGGUAGCAACAGUCUGCCUGCAAUGUCUUUAACUCUGCUAACCCUACAAGUCGCAUCGUACAAGACCAUCUGAAACUUAUGGUAUAGCAACAUAGCACGUGAAGUCUCAUUCGAUCAAAGGUACAAUUCGUCGGUGCAGACCUAGCCACGUUCGCGUGAAGUAACUUAAUGUUUCGGUACGUUCUAUUCAUCCAACUGCAAAAGCCGAGCUACUUGUUGAUUAGUCACUGGCGACGAUGCCAAUGAUCUUUAGCUUGCUGCGAAUUGCGGAUCAUGUCCCUCGCCUUGUAUACAGAUGCGUAUUUGCAUCUGUAUGAUUAACAUGUGAGUUUAACUAAUGAUAAACAGUGGCAUUAAUACAACUAGUGUUGAAUGAAUAAACACAUUUUUAUCAGCCUAUUUACAAGGCCGGAUACAUUAUUAGACCAAUACUGGAUAUGAAACUGAAUUUCUUAAAUAAUUGGAAUUGAUUCUGUAAUUAAAGCAUGUUUCAUCAAGAGCAAUGGAAACGCAGCUUGAUCGCUACGUUCAUCAUUUUAGCUUUGACAUAUGUACAACAAGUUCACUCGGUAGAAGCGAUCUAUGCCAUAAAUGCUGGUGGAGAUGCACACAUUGACAUUCAUGGCAUACGCUAUGCAAGAGAUCCACUGAUGGGAAAAGUGGGCACUGCUUCUGACUAUGGCAAACAAUUGAUCAUAGGUCGAGUUGAUCCUGCUGAUCAAAUACUUUAUCAGACUGAGAGGUAUCAUCAUAGCACAUUUGGCUAUGACAUACCUGUAAGCGAAGAUGGAGACUAUGUAUUGAUUCUUAAGUUUUCAGAAGUUUAUUUUAACUCGCCGAACAUGAAGGUAUUUGAUAUUGUUCUUAAUGGAGAUCACACUGUUGUAACUGAACUAGAUAUAUUUGAAAGAGUUGGUCGAGGUAUUGCACACGAUGUGUAUGUACCAAUUAAAGUGCAAAAUGGAAAACUAAUUUAUAAUGAAGAAGAAUCAGAUAUUCUAGGUGGUAAAAUAAGAGUUGAAUUCAUCAAGGGCUAUCGAGAUAAUCCUAAAAUCAAUGCUAUUGCUGUGAUCAAAGGAACUCUUGACGAUGUUCCACUUCUGGAGCCAAUGCCUCAAGAACCCGAAGAAGACCAAGGAACUCAAGAAGAAGAAGAGGAACCAGUAAUCCGUACAAGACACACAAGUGGACCUCGCACACCAGAUCCAUAUGAAUCUGUAGAUUCAUCAUUUCUAUUGCAAUCAUUACCUAUAUGUGCUGCAAUCGGAGCUUUUAUACCUUUAUUAUUUUGCUUAUGCAAGUUAUAAAAUGUUUCAAGUGAAACAUUUUUGUUGAGUUGUACUUAAAUACAAGUACAUGCACAAACUCAAAUUAAUCUGUUUCACUUUAUUUAAGUUGAGUUUGCAGAUGUAUUAUUCUUGAAUUUGUCUGAUUUUGAUAGUCUAUGUAGUAACAAGUUAUAUAUAUUUUACUAAAUUGACGCCAUGUAUGUGUAUUCCUAUGUAAUAUAUGUAACAGUUGUUUCAUGUGCAAUUUCUGUUUAAUUAUAAGCUUAUAUAAAGACUUACUGGCCUUUCUCUGUAAAUUUUUAUGUAACUAGAUGAUCUAAAGACUAGAUAUUAAGAAGUGUGUGUUUUAGUGUAAAUUUAAUAAAUUUUACUUAUUUUGUUAAACACCUGUUGAAAUCAGGUUUUAAAUAACAGAAAAUAAAACUAUUAUACUAAGAAA